AUGGCAACAGCGCGUGCGGCGUACGCUGCCGAGAAGAUCAUUGGUCACGGCGACGAGAAUAUCAAACAGGAUGUUUCCGAUUACAAAGGAGCCGGAGAGGGGGAGCCGAAUGAGACCAUGAAGGCCCUAGUGUGGCAAGGCAAGAAGAAUGUGCAGAUUCUCCACAUCCCGAAGCCCAAGAUACUAGAUGACCGCGAUGUGAUCUUAAAGGUCACCGGAAGCACAAUCUGCGGGAGCGAUCUCCACUUGUUCCAUGGAGUAAUUCUCCAGAUGAACAAGGGCGACAUCCUUGGGCAUGAAUUCUGUGGUAUUGUUGACCAAGUCGGCCCGGCGGUAAAGAAUGUCAAGGUUGGAAAACGAUACGUUGUGUCGUUCCAGAUUGCCUGCGGAGAGUGCUUUUAUUGCAAGCAACAACUCUCGUCCCAGUGCGAGGUGACGAAUUCCAACACGCAGACAAAAGCGAUGUACGGCGGGCGGACGGCUGGUAUCUUUGGCUACUCGCAUUUGACAGGAGGUUUUGCUGGUGGGCAGGCAGAGUAUGUCAGGGUGCCGCUUGCGGAUGUCAAUUUGCUUGAGAUUCCUGAUGAUGUUCCCGAUGAGCAAGCCCUAUUCCUUUCUGAUGUGCUCCCGACUUCCUAUAACGCUGUCAAGGACACAGCCGUCUACCCGGGCGACCAGGUGGCAAUAUUUGGUGCUGGCCCCAUCGGCCAAAUGGCCGGCCACUUCGCCAUCGAAGAGGGAGCGAGCAAGGUCAUCUUUGUGGAUACUGAACCCCGUCUAUCCUUCGUUUCUGGACGGUGGCCCGCUGAGCACAAAGACAAACUCGUCCUGGUUGACUUCAAGACGCUCAGCUUUGGCGUCACGAACAAGGAAACGGUCGUCAGCAAGCUCAAAGAGCUCUGUGGCGGACGUGGGCCGGACGUGGCCAUUGAGUGUGCUGCGGGCGAGUAUGCCAAGGGCUGGAUGCACUGGCUGGAAAUGUCUCUUGGCGCCGAGACAGACACAAGUGAGAUUAUAAACGAGAUGGUUGAAGGGGUCCGAAACUACGGCCGCGCUGGUAUCACGGGUGUCUAUGUGGGAUAUACAAACCAUUUCAACAUCGGCUCGCUGAUGCAACGCGGCAUCCGCCUGAUAGGCAACGGCCAAGCGCCUGUGCACAAGUACUGGAAGAACUUGUUGCAGAAGAUCCAGUCGGGCCAGCUGGACACCAAGCUGAUGCUUUCACACCGAUUCAGACUGGAGGACCUGGACAAAGUCUAUCACAAGUUCGACGCCAAGGACGAUUCGAUGCAAAAGGUCUAUAUUGAGACCAAGUUCUCACUGCCGCGCGCCGAAGGAACGCCAGAGUUGACGACACUGUAG